UGGUCGAUUUUGCAAGUGUCAAAUAAACUAGUAUUAAGGAGCUAGAGGCAAUGGGAAAGAGCAAGGUUCUUGUUGUGGGUGGAACUGGGUAUGUUGGGAGGAGAAUAGUGAAGGCAAGUUUAGAACAAGGCCAUGAAACCUAUGUUCUUCAACGUCCAGAGAUUGGUCUUGACAUUGAGAAGGUGCAGAUGCUGCUUUCAUUCAAGAAGCAAGGUGCUCACCUUGUGGAGGCUUCUGUUUCUGAUCACCAGAGCUUAGUGGAAGCAGUGAAGCUUGUGGAUGUUGUGAUUUGCACCAUGUCUGGUGUUCAUUUUCGCUCUCACAACUUGUUGGUGCAGCUCAAACUUGUGGAGGCCAUCAAGGCUGCAGGGAACGUUAAGCGUUUCUUGCCUUCAGAAUUUGGCAUGGACCCUGCACUUAUGGGACAUGCACUUGAACCGGGAAGAGUGACAUUUGAUGAGAAAAUGACCGUAAGGAAAGCAAUUGAGGAUGCCAACAUCCCUUUCACUUACAUUUCUGCUAACUGCUUUGCGGGUUACUUCGCUGGUAACCUCUCUCAAAUGGGGACUCUCCUCCCUCCACGAGACAAGGUCCUUCUCUAUGGUGAUGGCAAUGUCAAAGUUGUUUAUAUGAAUGAAGAUGAUGUUGCAGCAUACACAAUAAAGACAAUUGAUGAUCCUCGAACAUUGAACAAGACGGUAUACCUAAGACCACCAGAAAACAUUCUCACUCAAAGACAGCUAAUUGAAAAGUGGGAGAAACUCAUAGGAAAACAACUAGAGAAGUCCAGCAUAAAUGAACAAGACUUUCUUGCUUCCAUCAAAGGUUUGGACUAUGCAGCUCAAGUGGGGGUGGGGCAUUUCUAUCAUAUUUUCUAUGAAGGUUGUUUGACAAACUUUGAAAUAGGAGAAGGUGGAGAAGAAGCGUCAGAGCUUUAUCCUGAGGUGAAGUACACCCGCAUGGAUGAAUACCUAAAAGUUUAUAAGCAUGAAAAAUUAUGUAUUUGACCUUACUUAUCAGUGAUUCUAUGUCUGUUGAAUGGUUUGUAAUCAUGUUUGAUGUGAUUGUGAAAUAUUUUUUUUAACUAAAGUCCCCAAGAACUUGACAUAAAUAAUAGUGACCUUGAUUACGGUUGAUGUUGCAA